CUCACAAUGAGACAAAGAAAAAGAUAAAUUCACAGAUGAAAAUCUGUCAAUACUUUCAAACAACAAAUCUUAAUUAUUUCCCAUUUGGCCUACAAUAAUUCCACUAGCGUUUACCUUUUCUACCUAACAUUCCACCGUUCAUAUGGCGCAAUAAGGAUAUCCCAUCUGAUCUUUUUGAUAGAUCGCCUAGUAUUGACCUUCUUCCUAAAAUUUCAAUACCAGUUGCAAUCUCAAUUGCCAUGACAGAAUCCUCCAACAACAAACUACGAGGCAAAAUAGCCAUAGUCACCGGAGGAGCAAGCGGCAUAGGUGAAGCUACGGCACGCCUUUUUGCCCAAAAUGGUGCACGCAUGGUGGUCAUAGCCGAUAUCCAAGACCAAUUAGGUCACCAAGUUGCCACAUCUAUCGGCCUAGACAAGUGCAAUUACAUGCACUGUGAUGUUACCAAAGAAGAAGAAGUCAAAGACAUGGUUGAAUCAACGGUGUGGAAACAUGGUCAGCUAGACAUAAUGUUCAGCAACGCUGGGAUUAUAAGUGCUUCCGAUCAGUCCGUCCUUGACCUCAACAUCUCCGAAUUUGACACACUGUUCGCCACCAACGUGCGCGGCAUGGCGUUGUGUGUGAAAUACGCAGCGCGUGUGAUGAUUGAGAGGCGCGUGCGGGGGAGUAUUAUAUGCACGGGGAGUGUGGCUGCAAGCAACGGUGGGUAUAAGGGCACGGAUUAUUGUAUGUCAAAGCAUGCGGUUCUGGGAUUGGUUCGAUCAGCGACUUUGCAGCUUGGGGAAUAUGGGAUUAGGGUGAAUUGUGUGUCACCAAAUGCACUUGCAACCGGGUUAACGAGCAACUUUCAUGGUGAGAGCAUAGAGGUACUUCAGAAGAAGUAUCAAGCAUACGCUAGGUUGAAAAGGGUUUCACUGAAUGUGAAUCAUGUUGCUGAUGCUGUGCUUUUUCUUGCAUGUAAUGAGUUUGUGGCUGGACAUGAUUUAUUGGUAGAUGGUUCUUUCAUUCAUCCCUACUUAAUAAUGGGUUUGCAAUAAAAUUAAUGUUCACAUCUCACUUGUAUAUCCAUGUUAGAAAUAAAAUGUACAAUUUGUCAA